AUGGCAUCCGGACUCUUCGUCGACCCAGCCACCCUCCUCCGGCUGACGCCCCUCAUCAGCUCAACAUGCACGCUCUGGUUCGCCUGGGACCAGCGCGUCAUGUACGGCACCUUUGCCCACCGUGACCUCGAAGAACAGUCCAAGGCCAUCUUGCCCCUCUGGUGGAAGAAAGUCCUUGAGAUCCAUGACAUCGAACGCGUCCUGUUCCCGCUCACCGUCACGAGCGUCACAUCUAUCAUCAACAUACGCAAGUACGGCAGCCUGCUGCGGGCCAAGGGCAGCUGGGCGUGGUAUGCGGCGGGUGCGGCUCUCGCAGUGGGGCACCUCGCCUUUGUGCCAGGGGUCGUGUACAAGAUCAAGGCUAUGAUCGACGAUAAUGGGAAGGGCGAGGCGGUUGAGCAGCAGAGAAGGUGGCUUACGGUGCAUACUCUGAGGACGCUGACGGUAGACCUGGGUGCUUGGGUUGCCUGUGUGAUUGCUGUGGCGAGAACCGUCUCUGAUUAA